AGACCUGGGAAUUGAUGAUACGUCAGGACCAUUUAAGAGAUGCACAGGUGAUACUAUAAACAUCAACGUGUCUUCAAGUUCAUUCACUGUUUGAGCUACACAGAGAAAAUGGCUCCGUAUCUUCACCUUAACUUAGCAACCUGGCUUUUCACACAGUUACUGCUUCUUCUGCUUCUCUUCAGAAAUGCAGAUUGUGGCCACAUAGUCAAGACUCUUCCUGGAUUUCCUGGUGAACUCCCAUUCAAACUAGAAUCCGGAUAUAUAGGAGUGGAGCAAUCAGAACUGUACUAUAUUUUUGUGGAAUCUACUGGGCACCCAAGAACUGAUCCUCUUCUGCUAUACUUAGUGGGAGGUCCUGGCUGUUCUGGUUUUAAUGGAUUCUUCUAUCAAACUGGUCCAUUGGCUUUCAAUGAUUCUCACUAUAAUGGGGGUUUGCCAGAAUUAUACUUAAGACCUUAUGCAUGGACAAAGACUGCUAGCAUCAUAUUCCUAGAUGCACCUGUGGGAACUGGAUUCUCCUACGCUAAUGACCCAGAAGGUUUGGUCGUAUCAGACACAUCAUCAGCAAGACAAACUUACAAGUUCCUAAGAAAGUGGCUGGCAGAACAUCCUCAGUACAUGGAUAUCCGUAUCUUCAUAGCAAGUGAUUCCUAUAGCGGCAUAGUUGCACCAAUCAUUGUUCAGUAUAUUUUAGAUGAUAAUGCUGCUGGAGUAAAGCCACACCUGAAAUUAAUAGGAUUGAUAAGUGGGUCUCCACAUCAAGGCAUUGAGCUAGAGGCAAAUGCAGAAAUAGAGGUAGCUUAUAGAUUGGGACUCAUAGGAAACAGACUUUACCAGAGAGCCAGAGAGAGCUGCAAGGGACAGUAUUUUAGUGUGGACUCCUCAAAUAAAGGAUGUGAAGAAGCACUUGGACAGAUUGAUGAGCUGCUAAAUGAUAUAUAUCUUGAAAAUGUUUUGGGUCCAAAAUGUGUGACUAAUUCACCAAAACCAGAUGAAGAUGAAACUCAAUCUGGUAGAAGAAGAAUAAGAAGUCUCCAAGGAGAGAAAGCAAGACGUUUCUCUGGCCUAUCUUUUCCACAAUGGUGGUGCAAGAACUCUGCUUAUGCACUUUCAUAUGCAUGGGCAAACAAUGAGACUGUUAAAGAAGCACUUCGUAUUAGAGAGGGAACUGUUGAGAAAUGGUACAGAUGCAAUCUUGUCAUAGAAGAACUAUACAAUCAUGAUAUUGCUUCUGCCUUUAGCUACCAGAAGAAUUUUACUAAAACAGAUUUACAGGUUUUGCUCUAUACGGGUGAUCACGACCUUGUUGUCCCACAUUUAGCCACCGAACAAUGGUUAAGAGCCCUUAAUAUAACAACAGAGUAUUCUUGGCGUCCCUGGUUUGUGGAUGGUCAGGUUGCAGGGUACAAAAUUAUAUAUCAGAGUUAUUCAUAUCGCUUGACAUAUUUAACUGUGAAGGGGUCAGGGCAUUCUCCCACAGAGUACUACAAUAAAAAAUCCUACGAAAUGUUUGCAAGGUGGAUCCAUUUUUAUCCUGUCUAAUUUUAUAGUUGCCAGCACACCCAAGAACAUUGUAGGCCUAGAGUAAUUUCUGGUCUUUUUUUUUUUUUUUGUGACAAUGAAGAGUAAUGUUUAGAUGAGUUGAGUCACAAGGACCAAUAUCUUCUCAUUUCAAGCAUUUUCUGAAGCAAUGUCUCUCUUUUGUUUUGUUUUGUUUUUCUUUUUCUGCCCCUUAUCUUGAACCCAUGGCUUCUUUAUUGCAAUUUCCU